GGGAGAGCAACAGCGGAGUGUAUUUUGCCGGAAUGUUCCGUGUUGCCAACGUAGAUUUCAUCCCCGAGUACCGCCAGGCAGAGUCCCAUGAGUUUGUUUCCAUGGCAAACAAGAUACAGCACGUGGUGAGCAGUGUGUACAGAAUGUCCUCAGUGUCCAAACUCUACAAACUCACCGCCAUAUCAGACCUCAGUGAUAACAAGGGUGGUCUGCUGGUGCAUUUCUGGAUGGUGUUUGUGGUGCCGAGACUGAAGACCCCAGCCGUGUGUGAGGAGUGUGUAGGAGCUAUCCUCAGAGACUCAGUCCUCACCAGCCUGAGGAACAGGUCUUCUGUAGGGUACCUACUGGGCCUGCCCGUAGACAUAGAUUCCAUACUCGUUAAUGCUGCUCUACGAUCAGAUUAUACAUCAAUUGCAGCGGGCUCUCAGUGUGUGGACAAGCUGUAUGCCAGCCUGCCAGGCUCCAGUGUUCCCCUAAACGUCUACUCGUCAUGGGGAGGUCUGAGCUGCUACAUCAAGCUGACGUCUACCCCUGGCUCUCUGAUCCGCCUCACCAUUACCUCCCUGCACAUUGAGCCCAGCGACUGUGUCAGUGAUGCCCUCACCAUGUACGAUGCCCUGCUGCCCAUGAGGGGGCGUACUCUCUACAGGGUGUGUGAGCCCGUGUCCCAGUCCCUGUCUCUGGUCUCCACGUCCAACGUCAUGCUGCUGUCCCUCAGGAUGACCCAGGGCAACAAGCACUUCAGAGGACACUUCCAGGCCAUCGCUGAGGAACUGACUUACGUAGAGAUCCAGGCAGAGCCAGAUUUCUCCGGUCAGAUCACCAGUCCCUUCUACCCCAGUCUGCUGCCUCCUCAGUGCUCCUUCAUAUGGAGGUUUCAGACCCCCCACAUUGCUCUGGGAGUGGCUCUGAAGUUCCAUAAUUAUGUGCUGAAGCUGAAGGACAUAGCGGCCUGUGAGCACGGCUGGUGGAAGGUCAAGGAGAUCAUAUACUGUGGAAGCUACAUAGGCCACACCACAGUGUUCCGUAUCCCUGACACCACUGCUGAGGUGGAGUUUCGCAGCAGCUCCCGGAGCUCUGACCAACCCUUCCAGGCCGAAUCUAGUAGCUUCAACAUCAGCCAACCAUGUGCAGAGGGCCAUUUCCUGUGCUCCACAGGGCUGUGUGUGGAGAAGACCCGACGCUGUGACGGCCUGGACGACUGUCAGGACGAGAGUGAUGAGGUCUUCUGCGCAAGGCCUAGUAAGAACUGUGGAGGCUCCAGUCCUCUUCACCCACUGUACAUGUGCAACGGAGAGAGAGACUGCAAUGAUGGCAGGGACGAAACCAACUGCACUCUGGAGACGAGCUGCUCUGACAUCAGGUACAGGUGUAACAGUGGGUCCUGCAUCCUGAAGAAGAACGCCAGGUGUGAUGGUGUCACCGACUGCUCAGACCACAGUGACGAGAGGGACUGUGCCUGUGGCCGGUCCUCUACUGUGAAGAAAGUAGACUCGACCUCGGGUCUUCGGGUGGUCGGUGGAAUCAAUGCCCUGGAGGGGGAGUGGCCAUGGCAGGUCAGCUUGCACUUCUCUGGCUACCUGUACUGUGGAGCCUCUGUCCUCUCUUCUGAUUGGCUCAUCUCAGCAGCACACUGCUUCAGCAGGGACAGGCUGUCAGACCCGCGCCAGUGGAGUGCCCAUCUGGGUAUGCUGUACCAGGGUAGUGCCAGGCACGUGGCAGAGAUCCAGCGCAUCGUUGUGCACGAGUACUACAACAGGCUGACCUUUGACUAUGACAUCGCCCUGCUGCAGCUGAGGAGCCCCUGGCCUCCCUCCCUCAGCUUCCUCAUCCAGCCCGUGUGUCUGCCGGCCACCUCACAGACCCUCACACAUGCACACCGCUGCUGGGUCACAGGAUGGGGGUACCGCUCUGAGGAGGAUAAGACCCUUCCCACAGUGUUACAGAAGGCAGAGGUUUCUGUCCUGGAUCAGAGUGAGUGUAAGAGGAGGUACGGCCCCGUCUCGCCCCGCAUGCUUUGUGCCGGAGUCCCCUCUGGACAACGGGACGCCUGCAGGGGGGACUCAGGGGGUCCUCUGUCGUGCUCGGCCCCAGGCUCAGAGGGGCGAUGGUUCCUCACAGGAAUCGUGAGUUGGGGGGCGGGGUGCGGCAGACCCAACCUACCAGGCGUCUACACCCGUGUCAACAAGUUCACCACCUGGAUCCAGAGCCACAUCGUCACUUGA